AUGCCAAGCAACUCUCAAUAUAAUGCAACCAGGUAUGUUCAGCUAGAGACUUGGGGGCUUCCUGAGUGGGAGGUGAGGGGCCACACAUGCGUUCAUGUUGUGACAGUGUAUUCCCACGGGAGAGAUAGGACAUAUGCUAGCGAAAAGCUCAUGCAAAGUGUGAUUGGUCGAGUCAAGAAUGGAAAAGCCGAGGUCAGCCUUGGGCCUCUUCAUCGCCUCACUCCGCGGUGUGAUGCCCCGAGUGCGGUUGUUCUUGCAACCGCUAGAGUAGUUGCAGAGACGCGUUCGAAUGAGGUCCACCAAGGGUUUGUAGAGAUCGAUAUGGAUCUUCUUUUUGGCCGUGAACAUUAG